AAGAAAGAGAGGCAGAAAGGGCGUGUUUCUGGCUCUGCGUUUCCCCUCCCCUUUCUCAGGUCCCUCGCUCCGGCUCUGCGCGCUCUCCGGCUGCAGCUCCCUCCGGGCGAAGCUGGGAAUUGGGUGGGAUUAUACACAGCAGCCCCGCCGCCGCCGCUAGCAGAGCCCGGCUUGAAGAGGAGGGGGUUCCCCUCCGUCAGCUGCGCCGAGCGCCCCACGCCUCGUCCGGCUCGCCGCCUCGCUCGCCCCGACGUCGGCCGGGAGGAGCCGGCAGCUUCGGGAGCCUCCCGCGGAGGGCGCCGCGGUCCGCGCCCCACGCCCGCAGCCCCCGCCCGUCCUCGGCGGGGCGCCGCUCCCCUCCCCCUCCGGCGCACAGGGGGCCCGGCCGGCUUCCGCCCUCCCGGGGCUGCGAGAGCAGCCCCAGCGGACCCGCUGCCCGGAGGAGCUCCAGCCAUGGGCUUGGGGCGCGUGCCCGGGCUCUGCCUGCUCGUCCUACUGGUCCACGCCCGCGCCGCCCAGCACAGCAAAGCUGCGCAAGAUGUGGAUGAGUGUGUGGAGGGGACAGACAACUGCCACAUCGAUGCCAUCUGCCAGAACACCCCGCGGUCAUACAAGUGCAUCUGCAAGUCUGGCUAUACAGGGGAUGGCAAGCACUGCAAAGAUGUGGAUGAGUGUGAGCGGGAGGACAACGCGGGCUGUGUGCAUGACUGUGUCAACAUCCCUGGUAACUACCGAUGCACCUGCUAUGAUGGAUUCCACCUGGCGCAUGAUGGACACAACUGUCUGGAUGUGGAUGAGUGUGCCGAGGGCAAUGGCGGCUGUCAGCAGAGCUGUGUCAACAUGAUGGGCAGCUACGAGUGCCACUGCCGAGAAGGCUUCUUCCUCAGUGACAACCAGCACACCUGCAUCCAGCGACCAGAAGAAGGAAUGAACUGCAUGAACAAGAACCAUGGCUGUGCCCACAUUUGCCGGGAGACCCCCAAGGGGGGUAUUGCCUGUGAAUGCCGCCCUGGCUUUGAGCUCACCAAGAACCAACGGGACUGUAAAUUGACAUGCAACUAUGGUAACGGUGGCUGCCAGCACACAUGCGAUGACACAGAGCAGGGUCCCCGGUGCGGCUGCCAUGUCAAGUUUGUGCUGCACACUGACGGGAAGACGUGCAUCGGGGAAAGGCGGCUAGAGCAGCACGUCCCCGCUCAGGCCGUUUCUAAUGAGACCUGUGCUGUCAACAAUGGGGGCUGCGACAGUAAGUGCCACGAUGCAGCGACUGGGGUCCAUUGCAGCUGCCCUGUGGGCUUCAUGCUGCAGCCAGACAGGAAGACCUGCAAAGACAUAGACGAGUGCCGCCUGAACAACGGGGGCUGUGACCACAUUUGCCGCAACACCGUGGGCAGCUUUGAAUGCAGCUGCAAGAAGGGCUAUAAGCUUCUCAUCAAUGAGAGGAACUGCCAGGACAUAGACGAAUGCUCCUUUGAUCGAACCUGUGACCACAUGUGUGUCAAUACACCAGGAAGCUUCCAGUGUCUCUGUCACCGUGGCUACCUGCUAUAUGGUGUCACCCACUGUGGGGACGUGGAUGAAUGCAGCAUCAACCGGGGAGGCUGCCGAUUUGGCUGCAUCAACACUCCUGGCAGCUACCAGUGUACCUGUCCGGCAGGCCAGGGCCGGCUGCACUGGAACGGCAAGGAUUGCACAGAGCCAGUGAAGUGUCAGGGCAGUCCCGGGGCCUCUAAAGCCAUGCUCAGCUGCAACCGGUCUGGCAAGAAGGACACCUGUGCCCUGACCUGCCCCUCCCGGGCCCGGUUUUUGCCAGAGUCCGAGAAUGGCUUCACGGUGAGCUGCGGCACCCCCAGUCCUAAGGCCACACCAGCCCGAGCUGGCCACCCUGGAAACAGCACAAACUCCAACCAUUGUCAUGAGGCUGCAGUGCUGUCGGUCAAGCAGCGGGCCUCCUUCAAGAUCAAAGACGCCAAAUGCCGCUUGCACCUGCGGAACAAAGGCAAAAUGGAGGAGGCUGGCAGAAUCCUGGGGUCAGGUGGUGCCCCCUGCUCUGACUGCCAGGUCACCUUCAUUCACCUCAAGUGUGACUCCUCUCGGAAGGGCAAGGGCCGGCGGGCCCGGACCCCUCCAGGCAAGGAGGUCACCCGGCUCACCCUAGAACUGGAAGCAGAGGUCAGAGCUGAAGAAACUACAGCUGGCUGCGGGCUGCCUUGCCUUAGACAGCGGAUGGAGCGGCGACUGAAAGGAUCCCUGAAGAUGCUCCGCAAGUCCAUCAACCAGGACCGCUUCCUGCUGCGCCUAGCAGGCCUUGACUAUGAACUCGCCCACAAGCCAGGCCUGGCAGUGGGGGAGCGUGCAGAGCUGGCGGAGGUCUGCAGGCCUGGGCAGCAUCGUGCUGGGGCCAAGUGUGUCAGCUGCCCGCAGGGAACCUAUUACCACGGCCAGACGGAGCAGUGUGUGCCAUGCCCAGCGGGCACCUUCCAGGAGAGAGAAGGGCAGCUCUCCUGCGACCUUUGCCCUGGCAGUGAUGCCCACGGGCCUCUUGGAGCCACCAACGUCACCACGUGUGCAGGUCAGUGCCCACCUGGCCAGCACUCUGUGGAUGGGUUCAAACCCUGCCAGCCAUGCCCACGUGGCACCUACCAACCUGAAGCAGGACGGACCCUGUGCUUCCCAUGUGGUGGGGGCCUCACCACCAAGCAUGAGGGGGCCCUCUCCUUCCAAGAUUGUGACACCAAGGUCCAGUGCUCCCCAGGACACUACUACAACACCAGCAUCCAUCGUUGUAUCCGCUGUGCCAUGGGCUCCUACCAGCCUGACUUCCGUCAGAACUUCUGCACCCGCUGUCCAGGAAACACAAGCACUGACUUUGAUGGCUCCACCAGUGUGGCCCAGUGCAAGAAUCGUCAGUGUGGUGGGGAGCUAGGUGAGUUCACUGGCUACAUCGAGUCCCCCAACUACCCGGGCAACUACCCUGCCGGCGUGGAGUGCAUCUGGAACAUCAACCCCCCACCCAAGCGCAAGAUUCUUAUCGUGGUACCUGAGAUCUUCCUGCCGUCUGAGGACGAGUGUGGGGACGUCCUCGUCAUGAGAAAGAACUCCUCCCCAUCUUCCAUUACCACUUAUGAGACCUGCCAGACUUAUGAGCGCCCCAUUGCCUUCACGGCCCGUUCCAGGAAGCUUUGGAUCAACUUUAAGACAAGUGAGGCCAAUAGCGCCCGUGGCUUCCAGAUUCCCUAUGUUACCUAUGAUGAAGACUAUGAGCAGCUGGUAGAAGACAUCGUCCGAGAUGGCCGACUCUAUGCCUCUGAAAACCACCAGGAGAUCUUAAAGGACAAGAAGCUCAUCAAGGCCUUCUUUGAGGUGCUGGCCCACCCCCAGAACUACUUCAAGUACACAGAGAAACACAAGGAGAUGCUACCAAAAUCCUUCAUCAAGCUGCUUCGCUCCAAAGUUUCCAGCUUCCUGAGGCCCUACAAAUAGUGCCUGUAGUCCAGAGAUCCAGGUUUUUUAGCUCCCAGACUCCUUAGCCCUCAGAGCCGGCAGCCCCUACCCUCAGACAAGGAACUCUCUCCUCUCUUUUUGGAGGAAAAUCUCACUAUACAGAUCAGGCACUCUCCCUUUCCUUCUAGUUUCUCUCUCUCUCUCUCUCUCUCUCUCUCUCUCUCUCUCUCUCUUUCACUCACUCACUCACUCACUACUGGUUUCUCUUUUCGUACGUGCUCACUGGAAAAGCCAUCCAAUGCUGGCUGUAUUCCCCUGAGGGGUGAAGGCAGCACUGCCCCCACCUGUGGUCAGCUUGGAAGGGUGCUAGAAGCCCACUAAGGAAGUAGGUCUGCUGAAGAAUGGGGAGGGGAAAGAGGGACUUCUGCCAUUAUAGGGUUGUGCCUUCCUAGUCAGGAGCCAAAAUGUCCCCUGGUUGUGCUCCCCAGGGUGACUUUUAACAACCCAGAGUCCUGCCAAAGAAGCCUUUGACCUACCAACUAAUGCCAGCCCCAGUCCACUGAGGCACACAGUUUGAGCCCUGGCCACCACACAGCUGGCUUUCUUGUCUAUACAGUUCCUCUCUUUCUUCCCCUACGUGUCUGACUGGGGUUGACUCCGUAGCAUUUACAAAUGGCCCCGCCACUGGGCCAGUGGACACCGGCUGAGUGAGGAAAGCGGCAGGCAUUACCAAGUAGUCUUGCUGUGCUGCUGUGGCCUUGAGAGAAAGACUGUAGCUCUGCAGGACAGAACACAGGUUUUAAAGCAUUGCCAGGAAAGGAAAAUAAAAAGAAUCUGAAUCACCUACAGGACUAGACUGCAGCACAAUUGGAAGCCAGCCUCCAACACUAAUCCCUUUUCUCCCUUGUCCUCCAUGGCCCAGCCAUACCCUCACCCACCCCGUGCUCCCUGGGGGAGCCCUACUCCCCUUGCUAAGUGUUGUACUUAAAGAAAUCUAGCUGUUGACCCGAGCCAGCCCGGGUCUCGCCCAUCACUGUCUUUCCCUUGUAGCCCAGGUGGCUUAUGGGUUCCACCAAAGAGGACCCCACUCUGCGGCCUGCCUGGAGCCACCUACCUCUGGCCUCAGGCUGUGGGCAGCAAGAGGAAUGUGUGUGCACUUGGCGAGCCUCCUGCCCACCCUGUCCACACCUAAGAAGUGCAAUCAUUUGAGUCUCUCUGUGUUGUCUAGAGGGAGGGAUUUUGUUUUCUGGUUUUGUUUUUUGUUUUUGUUUCUCUUUCCUCUAUUAGAGCAACCCUAUUAUAGCUGCCCAAGAGAGAAGAGUGUAUGUUUGGAGUGGAAGAAAAUCAGUUUUGAAUCUCAUGAACCUUGAGUCCUGGAGCAUCUGAUCUGUCUGUUCUACCAGUGGCCACCCAGCCCUCUAGAGCCCUCGGCUGGGCUAGCCAGGGCUGUAGCUCAGAGGCAUCUGAUGUGUAGGAUAGUAAUUCUGGGGACUUGAUGAAGCAGGAAGGAGAGGGACCUCUUUUUUAAACCAGUCCUGCUGUCCUUUUACUUCUCCAAGGAUACAGCAUGGACCUCAUGAUUGUGGAGGCCGAUGGAAUUGGUCAGAGAUUCCCUACUCCAGUAGGGAAAACCUCCAUCUUUUCCCUGUCUUCAGGUUUUCCCCUGGUGUGUACAUGGAAGAGGACCAGGACAAACCCUGGGGGAUGGGCUGAGUCAGGCUCCUGAGUGACCCUGGUCAUUUCCCUUAGAGUUGACUUCAAGCCUGUUUCAAACUACUGUUUUUCAAAAGGAUGAAGAAUAAACUCCAUGCCCAAGCCCAGAUCCUGCACACACUCCACCCUUAAUCCAAUUGUUGCCUGUAAAAUUCUUUUCCAGUUGUUUCUUCUGGUUCCCUCAAAGCUGUAGUCCUAGUCAGUUAAAGGCUACCAGUUGACUCCUCUGGUCCAGUUCCAGGUGACUGUCCCAGGCUACUGUUCCCCCAGGAGACUCAACACUAAAUAAAAGAGCAUGACAAUUCCCAUCAGUAGCAUUCACCAACCAAAACAAGCUGAGCAGUAGACAGCCAGUGGCACAACCACGUCCCCUGACUUAGUCAAUACCAUGGCCCCUGGGGAUGGGGCAAAGUGGACUAUUCUGAAGAUGUUAAAUGGCUACUCAGAGGAAAUGGUCGUUGAGUAGGAAUGUCUGCUUCUCAGGAAGUGCUAUGAAACUACUUGAAUCAACUCUGACCAUGCUAAUUCUCUACCAGAGCUAGGAUAACUUUCUGAUUUUCUCCCUGCCAUUUUGCUUCUGUUGGAAAGUGAAGGUGCUUUCCAGUUUGUCUUCGGGAUCUGGCUUCUCCUUGAUCCCUUCCUUUCCUGACACAGCAUACACACACAUCAUCAUCCUUCCUCCAAUCAUUUAUUUCAUGGUUUAAUGAGACCUGCAAAUGAAUUUCACAGUAUGGAAAGUAUAGACCACUAGGCCUCUUUAACUGAUGUCAAGACAGAGCUUGGUUAUCAGGUGAAGAUCUGGUAUUGUCCACUAAAUUUAAUUUAGAUAAUCCAAGUUAUCUUAUUAUUCCAGGCAAAGCUGCUGCUGAAACUAUAGAGGAACUAGCCCUGGGCAUCAAACUAGGCUAAGUGAACCUAAAGAGGAGCCAACACUCAGGGACCCUCUAGGGCUUUACAGGUCAGACAUUUAAAGAGGUUUUUACCAGUGGAGGGAAAUGAGAAGAUGGUGUACAUAGGAAUUCUUGAUGAAUUGACCCAAAGGCCUCCCUGCAGGGUGUGGUGCUUGUAGGGCCACAGAACUGUGGAGCUUCAUUCGUCUUAGUACCAAACCUGCCCUGCUGCAUCUGGCAACAGGAAGCCAUUUCAAUGAGGGCUCUGAGCCCCAAGUGAUGUAUGUCAGAAAGGCACUUAGAUCCUCAGUAGCACUCCUCUUUACUUCUCUGCCUCUCUGUAUCAUCAGGCCAGACCCAUCCCAAAGCCUGAGGGAACUCUCAGAGUCUGGAGAAAACCUCACAGAGCCCAGACUUGAGCUGCCCAUACCAGGCCUAAAAAUCCCAAAUUCUUGACAUUGAGCUGUGAUUGUUUUGGUUUGGUCAGUUGGAGGUGGUGGAGACUCAGAUUUGUUGCUGCAAGUUUCACAAUACGUUCCUGGUCUUUGGCUCAAAUGAAAGUCUGUAUCUGAGAAGUCUUGUCCAUAUGCAUGUUUGAGGUGACUCUGGACUGGAUUAGGAGGUCAUAUCUCAACAUGUCAAAAAACAUUAUAGAGCAUUCAAAUGUUAUAUGUGCUGCUUAACUUCAAUAUGACAGCCUUAAACGAGGGGAACAAUACAAUUCACCAUACCCAGAAAAUGUUCUUAAACAUAGUAAGCGGAAAGUGGAAGCAAGCAACACCAAGGACAUUGUAAAUCUGACCCAUCUCAAAGGUAGAAUACCCUGUCUUUGGGCCAUUAUUUUGACUAGGAAUCCUUUAAGAAACUAUAUGAUUAGAGGGAAUAAAACCCAGUUCUGUUAUUGGCUUAUCUAGACAACACAGAUUGUAGCAGUUUGGACAACUAAGAACUUUGUUCUUCUGUGUGAGCUGAAGUUUCAAAGAAUAAUCAUUACCAUGUGGGAGGCUCUUUUUUUAAUGCAGAAGAAAUCUCAAAAUAUUGUAUUUAUAUCUGCCUUCCACUGCUGCCGAUAAAGCAUCUCCUACACAAUCAGCAAUAAACAGCAAAUGAUGCAGUUCAGAGUAUUUUGCACUUGGGGAAAAAUAUGUAUCUGAAGUUGUAAAAAGAAAUGUUUGGAUUUUGUACUGUCUUUUUUAUUAUUAUUAAAAUACUAA